AUGAGUCCGAUGAAAGCAGCCGUCAAGCGUGGCAAGAAGAAGAAGAAGGGAAUCACCGUGGACUUGAAAAAGACGAUCUGCAAGGAGUACAUCAAUGGCGCCCGCAUUGUUGAUCUUGCUCGCAAGUACGAACGAAACAAGUCGACGAUCGCCACCAUCGUGAAGAAAAGGGACGUGUUUGUUGACGCUGACGUGGCGAAGGGAGUCAAGUAUCUCCGAAAGGGCCGGGAGAAAAUUCUGGACCAAGUGGAAAAGAUGUUGCCCGUUUGGAUCCAGGAAAAACAGCUCGCCGGCGACAUCAUGUCCGAUAGUGACAUUUGCGACAAGGCUCGGUGUUUACACGCCAACUUGUCCAGGGAAGACCCCGGCGGGAGCACGGAUGACCACUUUAAGGCGAGCCGCGGGUGGUUCGAGAAAUUCAAAAGGCGAACCGGACUCCUCCGCGUUGAUCCGCGAAUCCAGGCCGUGAGCCCCGGCAAGGCCGCGGCGGAAGAGUUCGUCGAACACUUCGCAGAUUUCAUCGACAACGGCGGCUUCGUGCCGCAGCAGGUGUUCAGUUGCGACGACACCGGACUUUAUUGGAAGAAGAUGCCGAAAAGGACCUACAUCACGGCGUUGGAGACGGGGCUACCGGGACACACGGUGAUGAAGGAUCGCCUCACCUUGCUAGUCUGUGCCAACGCCAGCGGUGAUCGGAGAGUGAAGCCGCUGCUUGUUUACCACUCCGAGACUCCCAGGGUGUUCAAGAGAUGGAACGUCAUCAAGGACACGCUGAGUGUUAUGUGGAGGGCCAAUAAGAAGGCGUGGCUGACCAGGCAGAUCUUUACCGAGUGGCUCAACUGUGUCUUCGGCCCCACGGUGAAGAAAUAUUUGUUGGAUGAAGGCUUGCCGCUCAAGGCGGUGUUGGUCAUGGACAAUUCCCCCGUCCAUCCUCCAUACAUGGAGGACGUUCUACUGGAAGAGUUCUCCUUCAUCACCUUAAAGUUCCUGCCGCCCAACCUCACACUGGACAAGCUCGUCGUGGACAGCUUUAAAAAAGAGUACACAAAAGCCUUAUUCCAGCGAUGUUUCGACGUGACGUCGGACACCCGGCUCGCGCUUCGAGACUUUUGGAACGAUCAUUUUAACAUCCUGACCUGCAUAGGAUUGAUCGACAAGGCGUGGAACGGCGUGGCGAGGACCACUCUAAUCGCAACGUGGAGGAAGCUUUGGCCGGGGUAUGUCGCCGAAUGUGACGUCGAGGGAUCGGAACCUUCAUCGGCGGUGGAGGAGAUCGUGUCCCUCGGCAACACCAUAGGCUUGGUCAUGGACGAGCGCGACGUGGAGGAGCUUUUGGAGGAGCACCAAGUCGAGUUGACCCCGGAUGAGCUUCUGUGUCUUCACUUGGAGCAACACAAGCAGGCCUUGGAGGAGCUUUCCUCGGGAGUGGAGGAGGAAGCGGUGGUGGAGAUCCCUUCAGCUGAAAUUAAGGACAUGUGUGGUUGGUGGGAGAACAUUCAGGGGUUUGUGCUGAGCACCUUCCCAGACAAAGCAGUGGCCAGCAGGACCCUCAAUCUCUUCAACGACAACAUCAUGGGUCACUACAGGCACAUUUUAAAGCGCCGCCAGAAGCGGGUGUCUCUGAAUAUGUUUUUGGUGCAGCAAGAACCGAGUGAGGCCCAGUCUGACCUCGGCCCCAUGAUCGUCAAGACGAUUAAGAAAGAAGAAGAAGAGGACUAUCUUUUUGAACAGUAA